AUGCUUUCCUCAACCCUUUUUCUCCUCUGGGCUACGUUUCUACAAUGCGUAGUUGGAAUGGAAAUGAAGCGGCAACAGCGAACUGUAAUGACUGGCUCCGGAACCCUCGGAGGCACAUUCUACUACAACUUCAAUGGGCCAAACGGAGAAUUGUGUCACGCCGAGGUGCUGUUCCGCAUCGCACCCGGAAACGGACAGCCCUCGUUCCGUGUUAAUGAAGUCUGGUGUAACACGCGACUUGGCCAUACCUUCCUCCGUGGUGCUGUAGGCUAUUCGGCAGUCCUGGACAGGGGACAAGGACGUCUUCCCUCUUUCCAGGUAAUCGAACUAGGCAUCAACAUCCCUAACCAAGCCCUUGUUAUGGCACAGGGUCUGUAUCGAUUCAACGGUGCGCAGCCUAGAAUAAACGCAAGCGUGGAUCGCUGGACGCCGAAUCGGUUUACUUUCAAUGCUUUUCGACUGGGGUUUUUAAACCCCCGUCAAGGCGCUCAUUGUUUGGCUGAUGCGAGUGGUACCAUUUGCGACGGGAGUAGCAAAAGGGAUCCUCAGGGAGGCUUUGCUCACGGUGUUGACCGGUUUUGCUACGCAACAUGCCCGAGGUAG